AUGUUACAAGACAGUAAAGUUUAUAAAAAGAAUACAGAUAAACGUAGAAAUCCUACAACAAGAACAGAAAAUGACUUGCAAAAGAUGCUCAAGACUUUAUGUGAUUCAGGACAUCUGUCGGAGUCGGAUUAUUGGAAAUUAAGACCUUUUGAUUCCACGGCAGCAGCAUUUUAUGGCCUUCCCAAAGUCCAUAAAAUUCCGCUAAAAGAAGAACACGACCACUUCACCAUUGAAAAGAAAAAUCCUCCAACACAGAUCCCCUUAAGACCAAUAAAUAGCUCGAUCGGAUCACCGACAUAUCAGGUGUCCAAGCACUUAGCGGGAAUUUUACAAUCAUUGUAUGAAGAGAAUGGUUACUCAGUUAAGAAUGCACAAGCUUUUUCGGAGUUUGUGUGUACCCAGAGAGUUGAGAAAGAUGAAAUGGUUGUAUCAUUUGAUGUUAUUUCACCAUUCACUUCCAUCCCCGUAAAAAUGGCUGUGGAUGUAGUGAAGCGAUGA